AUGGCUGAAGAUGUGGCGCUCCCCGAUUUCGUGAAUGGAGAAGCUUCAAUGGCUAAUGGCCGCCAAUCGACUCUUCCGCCGGCCCUCUCCCAGAUGAUCCAAGCAAGGAUCAAAGAAAUCAAUCAACAACGCUUUGUUCCUCGUUUCCCCAAAACCAGUAGAAGAACACAGACAAAGUUCGAUUGGAUUCAAUCCAACAAUGGGGUUCAAAGGGGAAGUGGCAUCCAAGUGUCAAACACAAAAUUUCGAGAGGAUCUCGAGGAACCUGAAGUAUCCUAUAAUAAGAGAUCGAUUGGAAUUCAAACUCCAUUCGUCAUUCGCACUGAAGAAAAGAAGAAGAACAUCGAGUACAUUGAUUGGGAGCAAUUGGAUGAAGACGACCAUAUGGCUCAAAUCGAGGAAAGACAAAAAGCCAUUGCAUCCAGAAGACGUGACAAUCGCCGCCGUCUUCAAGCUCAUCGUGGAGACGGAACUUUGGGAGACCCCAUCUUUGUUGAGUCGUCGGACACCGAAGACCAGGAGGCUGAAGAUGAUCAACAGGAGGACCCAGAAGGAGUUGACUCCGUAAAGGUCGAAGCUGAGAACUUUGUUGCGAGAUUCCAAAUUGCCAAUCUGGAUUCUUCGAAGCUCAUCGAAAAGUUCAUUGCCGAUGUGUCCUCAAACGACACAGAAGGCACUGAAGAAAAGAAGAAGAACAUCGAGUACAUUGAUUGGGAGCAAUUGGAUGAAGACGACCAUAUGGCUCAAAUCGAGGAAAGACAAAAAGCCAUUGCAUCCAGAAGACGUGACAAUCGCCGCCGUCUUCAAGCUCAUCGUGGAGACGGAACUUUGGGAGACCCCAUCUUUGUUGAGUCGUCGGACACCGAAGACCAGGAGGCUGAAGAUGAUCAACAGGAGGACCCAGAAGGAGUUGACUCCGUAAAGGUCGAAGCUGAGAACUUUGUUGCGAGAUUCCAAAUUGCCAAUCUGGAUUCUUCGAAGCUCAUCGAAAAGUUCAUUGCCGAUGUGUCCUCAAACGAAGCUCAUGACACCAAUGCUCUUCUCGACCUCGUCAUCGACAAAGAGAGGCUCCAAAAAUUGCCACCGGGAGUUCAAAACAUGUGUGAAAUGAGCUCCAUGAAGAUGGUCCGCAGCUUGAAAAUUGGAGCUGAAAAGUUCCCGCAUCAAGCGAUCAAAGUGGCUGCUCUCUUCGUCUUUCAGCAAAUGUGCCCACAGGAGCAUGCUGCGGAAAAGGAGCUCUUCCGCUGCUUGGUCUGCUGGAUUUGCUCCGGGACCAUGGAUGUGGGAAACCACAUCCAAAGGUUCUCGAGAGCCAUUCAAUUGGUCAAAUUAGCUGCCGAAGAUCCGUUGUCAGCCGAUUUCCCAGAAGACAUUCAACAAAUUCUGGUGAUGAUGAAAGCGGAAUACACAACGCUGAGCCAAUUGAAGCAAUCAAGAACUUCCGCCAGCUCUGGAAUCAGACUUCAACAAAGACUCAAGGAUGCGACGUCCGACGAAGAAGUGACCAACAUCCUGCUCGAAUUCUCCAAGUUGCUGGCUCCAUUUGCCCUGAAGGCUCAGUUCGCAAAAUGGCUCCUUCAGAAGAAGAACUUCAAGCCAAUCAAAGAAGUUCUUGAUGUCGAGUAA